CACAAUCCCACUGUCCCCUGCUCUUAACUAACCCACAAUGCGAUCCAAGAUCCCAGGCCCAAGGCCCAAGGCCCAAAGGCUCAGAGCACCAGAGCAGAAAGACCCUAGCUGUUUUCUCUCUAGGUGACAAGUAGAUCGGCUGCCGACCCAGCAGCCCAGGUGGCGCCUCUCCAUCUCCUCCCACCUGCUCAAGCUGCUCUUGCCUGCCCAGCUGCCAUGGCAAUUCUGUCCGCCCCGAUGCGCCUGACCCGUCUUCUGCUCCAACCCUUGCCACUCUCCCAUGCCUACAAUCCCACACUUGCCCUGGUUCUACCGGCCAGCCUGCUGCUCCAGGCCAGUCAGUGCCAAUGCUUCCAGUCCCGCAGCCCGCCUGCGAAUCCCCUCGUGAGCCUGUCUGCGUGUCUUGAUUCCGCUCUUGUCUCUUGUCGACAUGGAGUCAUCUAGGGCUGCCCAGGCCUCAUCCGCCGAGGGCCAGUCUGCAGCCCCGGCCAGCGAGGGCUCACGUACCAGAGAGACUUUGAAGUAUGCGAGCUCGCUCAUACGCAAUACAGUCCCCAUCAACCCUCAGCGACCCGUCGACCCCAGCCAAGUAGUCCCGUGCCCGGAUGCUGGUCUGACUGCCUUUGCCCAGCUCGCUGCCUUGAGGCUCAACGUCUCGCGGUGCCUCAUCUCGUUCUUUGACCUCAAUUAUCAGUAUGUUAUCGCCGAGGCUACCCAGUCAUUGGCCCUCAGCCCCGAUGUCCGGCCUGAGUCGCACCAGCUUGGACUCUCGGGUAUCGCUGUUCCUCGUGGCAUACGAUGCCCGAAUGAGCACGUCCUCAAAAGCUCGCCUACCAUUCACCAUGACAACACCACGGAUCAGGCCUCUACACCCUUACCGCCUGUGUUUGUUGUGCCCGACCUUAGCCAAGACGAGUGCUUUGCCGAGGCUUUCUGCAGGCAAGUUUGGCCCAAGGCCUGCUUCUACGCUGGGGUUCCCAUUCGUUCCAACAAGGGUAUCAACAUUGGUGUGUAUCACGUCUUCGACGAGUCGCCACGGGAUGAGCUCCAGUUCAGUGAUGCGGACAAACAAUUCAUGCGCGACAUGGCUAGCAUUACCUGGCAACAUGUCGAGUCUCGGGCCGCCAUCGAGAGCAUCCACCGUGGUGAGCGCAUGGUGCGUGGGCUGGGUUCCUUCGUUGAGGGCCAGGCCACCCUCUCCUCAUCUGCUGAGCAGUUUCAAGAUGCACCUGGGCAGGAGGAGGGCUCUUUGAAUCAGAGACAGCAAGGUUUACAGCGAGACCGUGACAGUAUCGAGGAUCCAACCCCCGAGCAGGAGCGGCAUCAUUUCUUGGGCUCAAGGUCCCCUGACAGAAGGUCAGCCAUCCUUGAUACCAGCCCACCUACUGCUGCUCCACAGAGGGAUAGCCCACCACGAUCCACCGUCGAAGCGGCAGCGCAUGAUAUUGAUGUAAACGCGUUUCCCAACCGGCCCGUGAGUGUCAUGAUGCCUGAUCCACACAUCGCGCAGCUCAGACGAACAUUUUCGCGUGCGGCCAACAUCCUCAGAGAGUCUGUAGAGGUCGAAGGGGCCCUCUUUCUCGACGCCAGUGUCGGUUCUUUUGGUGGGCUUGUCGAAGAUCGCAAGUCCAGGGACUCAACAAGUUCCAACGAGGGGCGGUCGACGGCAGAAUCAAGCAACGAGGAUUUGCCAAUGGGGCGGUCAGCACCAUCUACCGGAGAGCCUACGUCUUACUGCGAAGUAUUUGGGUACUCGACCACUGGAGCUUCCAGCAUAGAUGGCGCUGCAUCAUUCUCCAAACACACGCUGGUCCCAGAGCGACUACUUAAAUAUCUGCUGCGACGCUACCCGGCUGGCAAAAUAUUCAAUUUUGGCCCCGAUGGCUUGCCAUUAUCGGGGGGGUCCGAAACCGACGAUGCGAAACAUUUCUCUCCGCCGCGCCAAAAGUCUAGUGCUCCCUCCGACGUCAAGGGAAAGAGGAGAUCAAAGCGGCCUUUUAGCUCCCUUGAGGGUCAGGCCCAGGCCAUUACGGCCCUCUUUCCCGGCGCGAGAAGUGUGGCGGUCUUCCCUCUGUGGGAUCAGAUCAAAGAGCGGUGGUUUGCUGGGGGGUUCAUCUGGACUGCAUCUCGCCAUAGACUAUUCUCGACAGAGGGCGAGCUCAGCUAUUUGCGGGCAUAUGCCACGACCUUGAUGGGUGAGAUACACCGACUAAACGCAUUGAAUUCAGACAAGGUGAAGGGUGACUUCCUUAGCUCCCUGAGCCACGAACUACGAUCUCCACUCCAUGGUGUUAUCGCUGCUGUCGACUUGCUCAAUGGCACCACUCUUGAUGCGUUCCAAGGGGACGCGAUCCAUAUUGUCGAAACAUCAGGGCGGACACUAUUAGACACUCUUGAUCAUUUGCUCGAUCACAGUAAAGUCAACACCUUCAUGGCGUCUUCAAGGCUCGCUCGAAAAGAACGACGGGAAUCGCCGUCUGAGUCUGGCGGUGGACGGAAUCUAACGGGGCUUGGGAUGAUGUCCUUAACGACCGAGGUCCAGGUAGAUAUCCUCGUGGAAGAGGUUGUGGAAGCUGUCUUCGCUGGCUUCAACUUUCAAAGAAUGUCCGUCGCUCAAUUGAAAGAGAAAGACAAGGAUAUCAACGACGACAACAAGGCGCUGGGUCGCCUAGACAGCAAUGCCGCAGCCGAAGCAUUUGGGCACAACCCAUACUUCCCCGAACCCAACCGUCCCGGACUUGUUGUCUACCUAGACAUGGACCCCACCGUCUCUUGGGAAUUCCGGGCACAAGCAGGAGCCUUGAGACGUGUUGUUAUGAACAUAUUCGGAAACUCGCUAAAAUUCACCCAGAAAGGGUUCGUGUGGAUUAGUUUGCGGCAGGUCGAACUACAAGCACGCGAUGGGGUAUCGAGAUCCAAGGUCGUGAUCAUUAUCUCGGAUUCUGGCAGAGGAAUCACCGAGGAUUUUUUGCGCAAUGACCUGUUCAAGCCGUUCACACAGGAGGACCGUCUUGCACCAGGCACGGGACUCGGCAUGAGUCUUGUGCACAGUAUUAGCAGGAGCCUCGGCGGCUCUUUAGCUAUCACCAGCCAACUCGGCCGGGGGACCACAGCGCGCGUUGAGCUGCCCCUCCGCCGGCCCCCCACUAGUACCGGACGGGUCUCCAACCUUUCGGAGCAGUUCGAGCAACUACAAGGUCUCCGAAUAUGUCUGAAAGGAUUUGAUAGGUGCUACGACCGUAUCAUCGACAAGACGUCUGAUUUGUCGUCACAGGUCUCGGAAUCAGCGGUCAUGGAGAUGCUUUGCCGAGACUGGCUCGGCAUGCAAGUAAUCCCGGUGGCUGCUGUGCACGAGGAACCACCUGAUGUCUUCCUGUGUAGCGAGGGGGCUUUCAAUGACCCUGAUGAACACACGCAACAAUUUUCAUUGCCGACAGUGGUCAUUUGUCAGAGUGCGCUGACAGCAUAUUCUCUCACACAUUCGCCAAGGAAGUCAGAGCUGAAUGAGUUCAUUUCUCAACCUGUUGGACCGCGGAGAUUGGCUAGAUCAUUGCUUCUCAGCCUGUCUAGCAAAACGGAGCGGCCUUCAGAAGUCGCUUCAGAAGCCCAAGAGAACACCAGCGGCCCCGGCUCUUUUAGCUCCAACAAAGAGGCAACGGGAGGAAGUGUAGGUGAAGACCCAAUGCAAGCGCCCGAACUGGCCAAAAGGCCAUCAAGCGCAUCGAGUGCGUCAGCGAUUCGGGCCAUGCCAUCCACGCCGAGCGACGCCGGUUCUGGCGGCACCGAUGUCCAAGGAGUCAGUGCAUCACCGUCAGAGGGCGGGUCCAGAGCAGCCCAGGUGCCUCUGAGGCAGAGGCAGAACGCGACAACUGAGGAUACAGGGCUUUUGGAGCAGCCGUCUUCCAAGUACUUGCUUGUGGAUGACAAUGACAUCAAUCUUAAGAUUUUGGCCUCCUUCAUGAAGAAGCUGGGCCACGACUAUGAUAUGGCUUCUAACGGGCUCGAGGCUUUGCAAAUGUACACGGCCGAUCCUGGGUUGUAUCGGUUCGUGCUAAUGGACAUAUCCAUGCCAUUGAUGGAUGGGUUAGAAAGUACCCGAAAGAUACGACAACUGGAGCGGGCUGACAGUAUCGAGCCCGCGACGAUCAUCGCACUCACGGGGCUCGGAUCGGCUACAAUACAACGAGAGGCUAUCGCGUCCGGGAUGGACCUGUUCCUCACCAAGCCGGUGAAUCUGAAAUCAUUGAAACACACACUUGGAGGCUACGCGGAGAAGAAAGCCUCAAGAAGCACCCCAAACAACUAGACACGUGGUUGUUCUUCCCUCUUUUACUUCGUCUUUGAUGAACUGACACGCAUGGAACCUUGUUUGCGGAGUUGCCCAGGUGGUCAUAGAGUCUUACGCAUACAGGAGUGCGAGAAACGAGAUACCCCAUUUCUAUAGAUCAGCGGUCAACCGGGCAGGUUGUGUACAUGGCGAUUUGCCUUGGGGUAUUGUGGCGAAUGGUGUUUGCUUGCUUUUCCCGAUAGUCACUUGGCAGAAUAAUGGGCGAGUUGAAUUGACCGAAAUACACAGAUGGCAUUUGAGCACAGGCACAGAAAUCAACAGGCAGACAAUCCGAACCCAUGAGAAGGACUUGUGGCUGCAAGGAUAGGUCGACUAUAUACAGUUCCUCGAAGUCAGAACGUAUUAUCGCCAUAACAAAGUAGGAUGCAUGCCUAGGUACUUAAUA